CCGGGCGGAAGCGGCGUCGCCGCCGGAAGCGGUCGUGCGGGUGCUUCCUGCUUGUAUGCGGGGGCCGGGCCGGGGCGCGGCGGCUGCGGGCGGGCGGCGCAGGGGCCGGCCGCCAUGGCGGUCUCCGAGAGUCAGCUCAAGAAGAUGCUCGCCAAGUAUAAGUAUAGAGACCUAACUAUACAGGAGACGACCAGUGUUAUUACUCAGUACAAGGACCUCAAACCUGUCAUGGAUUCAUAUGUUUUUAACGAUGGCUCAUCUAGGGAGUUGAUGAGCCUCAGUGGAACCAUUCCUGUGCCUUACAGAGGUAACACAUAUAAUAUCCCAAUUUGCUUGUGGCUGCUGGACACCUAUCCUUUCAACCCCCCGAUUUGUUUUGUUAAACCCACUAGCUCCAUGACAAUAAAAACUGGGAAGCAUGUUGAUGCAAAUGGAAAGAUAUACCUUCCUUAUCUUCAUGAGUGGAAAUAUCCCCAGUCAGACUUGCUAGAGCUGAUUCAGGUCAUGAUUGUUGUGUUUGGUGAGGAACCUCCAGUCUUUUCUCGGCCGACUGCUUCCUCAAGCUAUCCACCAUAUCAGGCAACAGGUCCACCAACUACUUCUUAUGUGCCGGGCAUUCCAGGGGGAAUAUCUAGCUAUCCAGCAGGAAGCACUCCAAACCCAAGCAACUACCCAAACUAUCCUUAUCCGGGUGGUGUUCCAUUUCCAGCAACCACGAGUGUUCCAUACUACCCUUCUCAGCCUCCUGUGACUACUGUUGGACCCAGUAGAGAUGGAUCUAUAAGUGAGGAUACCAUUCGAGCUUCCCUUAUUUCGGCAGUCAGUGAUAAACUGAGAUGGCGGAUGAAAGAAGAAAUGGAUCGUGCACAAGCUGAACUCAAUGCCUUGAAACGAACAGAAGAGGACCUGAAGAAAGGACACCAGAAACUGGAAGAGAUGGUAACUCGCCUGGAUCAAGAAGUGGCUGAAGUUGACAAGAACAUUGAACUUCUCAAGAAGAAGGAUGAGGAGCUCAGUUCUGCCUUAGAGAAAAUGGAAAGUCAGUCAGAAAAUAAUGACAUAGAUGAAGUUAUUAUUCCUACAGCACCACUUUACAAGCAGAUCCUGAACUUAUAUGCCGAGGAAAAUGCGAUUGAAGACACCAUCUUCUAUCUUGGGGAAGCGCUGAGACGUGGAGUGAUAGAUCUGGAUGUCUUUUUAAAGCAUGUACGUCUUCUGUCUCGCAAGCAGUUCCAGCUGAGGGCGUUAAUGCAGAAAGCAAGGAAGACUGCUGGACUCAGUGAUCUCUACUAAAUUCUGAAGACUAACUGGGAAGUUAGAUUUCCUUAAGAAGCAGCCAUUUUCUUGAUAUUUCUCUUAAUCAGUAGGUGCCCAGAAUAAGUUAUUACAUCAUUCAAGUGUAAGAUAUUUUGAAUCAAUAAUAUAUUUUCUUUUUGGUAAAGACUAGCUUUUAUUAAUGCACUUUCUAUCUCCUGUAAUCUUUGUGCUGGUGGACUUAACGCUGAAUAAAACUUGUUGCAUAUUUUCUUCCUCUACAGAAUUGUGUACGAUGCGCUUUCUUUAUAAACAGGCUUGGCUUA